AUGGCGUCGGUCACGCGGAGAGCUAGCACGGCCACGAUGGGUCAAACGAUCUCCGCCAGCGCCACAGCAAUCCUGUGGUUCGUGUGCGAGUCCAGGUGCAUCGUCUUCGUGGAGAUCAGCGCCCAGGCCUGCCUGGCCACGUACACCUCCUGCCUCUCCACCGUCCUCGACGCUGCUCUGUUUGUCGCCGCGCUGGCAUCGUCGGAGAACGGCAGCGUCGCCUUCCCCUUCCCGCUGCGGGCCGUGGGCGUGACGGCCGGGAAAGGUGCCGAGCCGGUCUCGUUUCCCUGGAAACUGACCGGAAUUUCGCUCGCCGUCCUCUUCGCGGUCGCUGUCGGAAUCUCGGUCGGUCUCCACGCCGCCCGGAAACAGAGGCGGAAGCGGGCCCCCCUCUGGCUGCCCCCCGGCUUCGCCCCGCGUAAGGAGCCCAGGAACUACAAGAGGAGGGAGCCGGUGGGAGAAGACGCCAUUGGCAUGAAGAUCCUGAACCAGGAAACUGACUGUGAGGAUGAAGAAGACAAUCAAAACUCCUUAGCAGACGGUCCACCCAGCCACAAGAAAUCCAAGUCUGAGGUGAUUCCAAUCCUGCCUGAUAACCGAAAGUGGACCCAGAAACACAUCAAGGCUGUUGUCAAUGUUCCUCAGUCUGUAGCACUUACCCCACCACAGGAUAACACAGAGUGCAUGGAUGUUGAUGCCAGAGGUCCAG